AUGAUUAUUGACAACGAAAAACAAUAGAUACGAGAACUGUUUGCAAACGAUCAGAAGUAUGUCUAAAAUGAAAAAAAGAUUCAAAAUGACUUUAUCAUCUAAAUGCAAGUUGCAAAAUAUGAUUCCAAAAACAGGGAUGAUCCUUUAUUAAUACAUGCAGGUCUAAAUUGUGAAUUAAAAACUUAGGUGUCACUGAAUAAAAGCAAACGGUCUUUAUCAUAUAAGGAAAAUUGCAGAAUGAUAAUAACGUAAGAUCAAUCACUUAUUAUAUGAUCUCUUAAUUGUAGAAUCAAAAAAAUUAGUAACUAUUCCAUAAUAUUAUUUAGAGAAUUUUUUAUCAUCUACAUAAACACAGAAUUGAAAACAUAUUUGCAUCUAUCAAAAUUUUACUCAAUCUUUAAAGAAUUCCCUUGCAUUUAUUUUGAAAAUCUAUAAAAAAUAUUCAUAUUGCAUGGGAAUAUUUUCAUUAAAUCAUGGUUUUGGUUUCAAAGCAGUGUUUAAAUAAAAGUAUUGAAAUCAAAAACCAUUUAUCUGGAAAAGUAUCUUAAUCAUAAAAUAAUAGAGUUGCAUAAUUGUUGAAUUAUCAAUUUUUUAAACAUUAACAAUUUGAGAAAAUGCCUUCAUAUUGUAAGGAUGCAUCCUAUCAAUAACUUUAAUAAGCAUUUAUUGGAAAUCAACAUUAAAUAACUUGUUUCCAAUAAUGCCAAAACUAACUUUACGAUCUUGAAUUGGAUUAGUAUGAGUUUACAAACAAAGGAAUACCAAUCAUUCUUGAUCUAUGCAUUACGAGAUUAUUAUAGGAUCCUCAAAACCUUCAAUUAGAAGGGAUAUUCAGGUUAUGCUCGGCCCAAACUUAAGACAAAUAAUUUGAAAAUUAUUUAAUCCAGAAAUAGUAUUCAGAAAUACUCGAUUUUGAGAAUGUCCUAGUUAUAGCGAAUUUUAUUAAGAGAGUUUUGGAUAAAUUAAAGUACUCAGUUGUUCCAUAUUAAUAUUAUAAUUAAAUAUAUUCUAUGAAGCAUUAUUCUAUUGAAGAAGCUUAAGUGUUGAUUUAGCAAUUUCCAAAUUUGAAUAGAAACUUAUUUACUUUAAUUAUACUGUUUUUAUAAACAGUAGCUUCAUACUCUCAAAUUAAUAAGAUGGGUCCAAGCAAUUUGGCCAUCGUAUUUGGUAUAAGUUUGUGUAGACCAUAAGAAUACGAUUAAUCAAAUGUUUAAGAAUAAUAUUUGAAGUAUUAUUCAAUAAAGUAUAUUUAGAAUUAAAAUGGUAAAUUAAUUUAUUUAAUUCAUAAUUGAAAAUGCAUCCUAAAUAUUUCCAAAUUUGAAAAUAAGUGAUUUUUUGCUUGAAACUGAGAACGAGUAGAUUGAAUAAGAUGAAAUAUAACAAUAAUGAUACAAUA